CACAUGUGCAGACUUCGCAACAUGCCAACACUGCACUAUGAGUUUCACUCUUACGGGGAGCAAAUAAACAACAUUUAUCCGACAAUUUGAACCCCCAUUGCUGUGGAGUAACCCUUAAUUUUUAAUAUAGUAUUCCAGUGUUCAUUUACCGGAUACAAUUUUUUAAGGGAGCAGACAACUUUAACAGACUUGGUGGGAUCAGUUUGAGAGAUGGAGGCAGAGGAAAGCAAAAUAUCGGUGUGGGUGUGUAGGGAGGAAAAGCUCGUGUCGGGCUUGUCGAAGCGCACGACCUGCGCGGAUGUGAUCCGAGUGUUACUGGAGGAGCAGAACUUACAGCAGUGCGUCUCCACCGCGAUGCUCUCGGGCUCGCCACUGUCCUACUGCAUUGUGGAGAAAUGGAGAGGGAUUGAAAGGAUUUUACCGAACAAAACGAAGAUCCUUCGACUGUGGAGUGCGUGGGGAGAGGAACAGGAAAACGUCAGGUUUGUGUUGGUGAAAAACGAGGCAUCUUUACCCAGCAACGGGCCGCGGAGCGCAGAGGCGCGCGUAGUGCUCAGCAAGGAGAGCCCGUGUGUCUACAAGGGGACCGCAAGAGUAACCAUGGCUCUGUCACAAGAAAAACAAAGGCGGAUUGUUCGGAAAGCAUUCAGAAAGUUGGAUAAAAUCAAUAAGAAAAGGGCGCAGACUGUAUCGAAGGACGCAUCAUCUUUGGAGAAAAUGGAGACCCUUGUGCACCUGGUCAUAUCUCAAGAUCACACCAUCCGCCAGCAGAUUCAGAGGAUACAAGAGCUCGACAGGGAAAUUGACAGGUAUGAGGCCAAAGUUCACUUGGACAGAAUGAAGAUGCAUGGGAUAAAUUAUGUCCAGGACACAUAUUUAGUUGAUGCAAACCCAGUUCAAACCUCACUUGGUGAGGGGGACAAAAUGAGUUCUGCAGAAGCUCUCGCCCAGUUUGAGGAAUACUCUCAAAGAUGUGAGGAGGUCAUCAAACUGCAGGAUGAACUGGCUGAACACGAGGCUCUAAUGGAGAGUAUCACAACUGAGAUUCAAGAGGAACUCAAUCAAAGAUGGAUGAAAAGAAGACAUGAGGAACUUUCAAAUAAAGACUGUGAGACCAGCUCCGGGGAGGGACCUCUUAGAGUUACAAGUAUGAUUCAAGAUAACGAUGCAGGACCUCCAAAGGUGGAUGUAUCUUCCGAGAAUGACCUGCUUUUAGAAGAAGAGAGGAUCAGAACUCAACUUGACACGAGUUUGUACAUCGGUCUGCGCUUGAACACAGAUUUGGAGGCUAUAAGGAGCGAUUUGGACUUGACGAAGGAGAUUUGGGGAGCAAAAGAGAAGGAACUGAUGGAUUUACUGGAGAAAGUGAACUCUUUGGAUUUUAAGGAGGAUUGUGAGGACACUGAUGAUCAGAAAGAGGCCGACACAAUAGAAACAGACACAUUGAUGCCACUCAAGGGAAACAGUGUGUGGGUGGAGCAGGCAAGAGGCCUUUCAAAAACAUGCAACACUAAUGAUGACGAUUCUGAUACGGGACUCAGUUCAAUGCAUAGUCAAGACUCAGAUAUCACACCCGUCUGUGAAUCUUUAGUGUAAGAGAGGCUACAAAAAGCCAAAAAAACUCAGGUUAACUACUGAUCACCAUUUAUCACUACAGCACACAUCCAUAUUAUUAUUUGCAAUGUCAAAAUGUAACAUUAAGAAGAAAACUCUACACUUACUGAACAUUCUUAGUCUACAAUCAGUGUUCAUUUCACCUAGAUGAACAUUUGAGGUUAAAGAAGUUAAUGUGCAUAUUUCAGCACAAGGCAUAUUUGGGACCAAAUAUGAGUUGCACACUUUACACUGUAAAAAAAUGUCUUGUCAGGUAACCUAGAAAUAUGUGCUUCAUGUGGUCACAUCAAGAUGAACUGGUUUUACUCAAGUACACAUAUACUUUAAUAAGACUAAAUCAAGCUCACUGCAUUAUGUUACACAAAUGAAAUUAUUAAAUAAAUAGAAAUAGCUCCUUAAAGGAAUAUUCCAGGUUCAAUACAAGUUAAGCUGAAUUGACAGCAUUUAUGGCAUAAUGUUUAUAACCACAAAAAAUAACUUAAACUCGUUACCUUCUUUUCUUUAAAAAAAAAAGAAGCAAAAAUUGAUGUUACAGUGAGGCAAUUACAAUGGAAGUGAAUGGGGUCAAUUUCUGGAGGGUUUAAAGGCAGAAAUGUGAAGCUUAUAACUUUAUAAAAGCACUUACAUUAAUUCUUCUAAUAAAACCUAUGUAUUAUUUGAGCUGUUAAGUUAUUUAAAUAAUCGUUUUUACGGUCGUUUUAGGGUUUACUGCGUUAAGUCA